CUCACUUUCUCUCUCUUCUUGUUCUACUCAUCAUCAUCCUCCUCCUCUUCCUCCUCUUCCUCGUCGCUCUCUAAACCCCCAACCCCCACACACCACGCCCACAAUGGCACCCACAACCGUCCUCUUCGCAGCCCUCGUGGCUGCUGCCGUCGCCAGCGCCCAGACGACGGUCGUCACUACCCCCGCUGCUGCCACCCCCGCCGCAGCUUCCCCCACCACUCCUCCUGCUGCCCCCGCUGGCCCAGUCGUCUCCCCCAAGCCCCUCACCGAGUACAACAUUCCCUACUCGGCCAUUCCUUACCAGGUCAACCCCUACCCCGUUCUCCGUGGUCCCCAGUCUGGCUACAACCUCUGCAACUCGACUACCGAGGGCCCCAAUGCACUCUGCCAGACCGCCGUCUUCAACUCGAUCGAGGACUUCUGCUUCUGGGGUGGCCCCGGCACCACGGGCACCGACACAAUCGGUGUGGUUGAGGCUGCUGUUGUCGCCUACUGCUCGCGCUCUGGCCACGGUGCCCGCAUCUUCCCCGAGGGCACUUUCAGCUCUAUUCAGUUCAUGAAGACCCCUGCCUACAUCCAGAUUGUCGGCUACUUCAACCAGACUGCCGGUAUCAACCUUGCCGCCUCGGACACUGGUGGUGAGCUCGACCCUCACGGUGCCGACCUCCUCGGCAACCCCCUCGGUGGUCUCUUCUACUCGACUGGCUUUGCCAACGGUGACGGCAAGACCUAUGUUCAGACCCAGAGCUGGAACAACUUUGUUGGUUCGGGCCUCUUCUGCCUCAAGCUCUGCGACCCCAGCUACUCGACCGACAAGAACUACUGCCAGAACAUUUACGACCUGAUUGGCUGCACCUACAACAUGCCCGCCGACUACGCCACUCUGCAGAAGGGCGGCGUCUUCGAGUCGUGCGAGGGCGAGAUCCAGGACGAGGUUGGCACCUACACCUCGAACGGCCAGACCUACACCUGGUCCCAGCCCGAGACCCUCCCUGCUACCAGCACUCUCCCCUGGACUCCUCGCGUCCCCGCCUCGUCCAACUGCCAGACCUUCCAGUCCACCGACCUCUUCCCCAUUGCCUCGCUCGGCUACCAGAGCGCCGCUGCCGCUUCGUCGGCUUCGGCCGCCUCUGCUGCCUCGGCCGCCUCGGCUUCGGCCACUGCCACUGUCUCGAACGGCAAGUCCCAGGGCAGCGCCUCUGCCUCGCGUACUGGCUCGGGAUCCGCUGCCGGUGCCAGCUCCACCUCGAAGCCCUCGGCCGGCUUCACCUCGGCCACCGCUUCGCCCGUGGCCGCGCUCGUGACCCUCGUGGCCGUCGCCCUCCUCGCCCUCUAAGCGGCUGUAUCCCUUCGCAUUAUCACUCGACCCGCACCUGGCCGUCCGUGUCGCCUUUUCAAGUGCCAAGAUCCAUGACGACGGACCUUGCAUAACCCCAUACAUAGCCUUGGUGCAAUCCGGACUGAGGCAAAACACGCUUCUGCGCUCAGUGCCGGGUCCACCCGCCUAAUUGUGUCUAUAUCAUUCAUGAAGCGCGCGUACGCUCUCACUAGCCUCUCUUAUCGUUCAUGGACAAUCGUACCUUCUCAUUUUUGUGCAUGCAUGGUCGAUCAGCCCCAC